AAGAUGUAUCUAAUCUAGUCUUCGAAUACAAAUACAGCUGAUCUACACUCUCUCUCUCUCUCUUUCUCUCUCUCGAGUCUUCUUUGAUCAUAGCAAAAGUAAAAUUAUAGCUCUAGAAGAUCCAAUCAAGCCACUACGCCCCAGAUUCUUCUUUUGAAUUUGAGAAGACUGUUUGGUUUCUGAUUUGACAAAUGGAGGAAGUUCAGGAGCAGCAAAAUCAAUCAGGUCAAGAUGGAGAAGGUGAAAUCAUUACUGAAAGUGCUUCAUUUGUGCAUGGAGAACUUCCUCAUGAUGGUAAUGGGCCCCCAAAAGUUGAUUCUGAAGUGGAAGUCCUUCAUGAGAAAGUCACUAAGCAAAUUAUCAAGGAAGGCCAUGGUCAGAGGCCAUCCAAAUAUUCGACAUGCUUUUUUCACUAUAGGGCAUGGACUGAAAGCACCCAGCACAAAUUCGAAGACACAUGGCUUGAACAACGACCAAUUGAGUUGGUCUUAGGAAAAGAGAAGAAAGAAAUGACAGGACUGAGCAUUGGUGUGUCCAACAUGAAAUCUGGUGAACGUGCUCUAUUACAUGUGGGUUGGGAACUAGGCUAUGGGAAAGAAGGAAACUUUUCUUUCCCAAAUGUUCCACCCAUGGCUGAUAUUUUAUAUGAAGUUGAGCUCAUUGGUUUCGAUGAAACCAAAGAAGGAAAAGCUCGUGGUGACAUGACAGCAGAGGAGAGGAUUGGUGUAGCUGAUAGAAGAAAGAUGGAUGGAAAUGCUUUGUUCAAGGAAGAAAAAUUGGAGGAGGCUAUGCAACAGUAUGAAAUGGCCAUAGCAUAUAUGGGAGAUGACUUCAUGUUCCAGUUGUUCGGUAAGUACAGAGAUAUGGCUUUGGCAGUAAAGAAUCCCUGUCACCUUAACAUGGCGGCCUGCCUGAUAAAACUCGAACACUAUGAAGAUGCAAUCCAUCAAUGCAGCAUUGUGUUGAUGGAGGAUGAAAACAACGUUAAAGCACUAUUUAGACGAGGAAAAGCUAGAGCAGAGCUUGGGCAGACAGAUGCUGCCCGAGAAGACUUUGUCAAGGCACGAAAAUUUGCUCCCGAGGACAAAGCGAUUGCAAGGGAGUUGCGUUUGCUUGCUGAACAUGACAAGGCCGUUUAUCAGAAGCAAAAAGAGCUCUACAAAGGAUUAUUUGGACCAAGACCAGAACCUAAACCCAAGCGAAAUAGUUGGCUUAUACUGAUUUGGCAAUGGUUUUUGGCGUUGUUCCAUCGCGUUUUCAGUGGUGAGAGGAUCAAGUCUGACUGAGUUACCAUUUGGAGUAAACUAAAAUUUGUUCAAUCAGAUACUCAUUUUUAAGGGAGCAAUUUGUGAUGAUAAGCAGGUGCAACUGUUUUUGAUUAAUGUCAUAUGGAACUCUAUAACUACUUUGUCUUUGGCACUACCUUUUUCUUUGAGUUCAUCCUAAAUCAUGAUUAGAUAUGUUUACCUGAACAAUGAACCCUUCAAGGAAUUAUUGACUCUCUCUCUCUC